UCCAUGUCCAGACGCCCGUCCCAUCUACACUAGAUGUCUGGCCCCGGGUCCGCUUCCCCGAACUCUUUCUUCACUACAUGGCUUCAUCUUCUUUCAUCAAAGCAGGAGUCCUUUUGUUUUCGUUCUUGUCAGUCCAGCCUCAAUGCUGGCAAGUUGGUGGCACAUUUUGGACAUUGAGGCAAUGUAGGUACGUAGGCGGCAACGCAGCCUUACUGCCUGCAGUGCAUUAUCUGUUUACUGCUGACGGAAGAGGCAUGCCAGGCAUCUCAACAUCAAGCCAAGCGUCUUUGGAUUAUGUAUGCUGCCUACGCGAACCCACGCAUAGAUCGAAAUUGCACGCUUGAGAUGCCUGGGGCGCGCCCUGAACGGAAUCUUUCAGUGAAUUGUGCGUCAUUUCGUUUCUACCAUCCCAAAGCUGUCUUGAUUUUACGUUUGAAAGCACACUACGUAGGUAUUGAACUACAUCAUGUAGGUGUAGUCAGCG